UGCCAAUAACAACAAAUACAACAACAACAACAAUAAGAACUACAGCUACAACUACGUUAAAACAUGUCGGAUUCGUAUUAUCAGGGCGAAUACAUAAAGCAUCCCGUAUUGUAUGAGCUUAGCCAUAAAUAUGGCUUCACAGAGAACUUGCCAGAGAGCUGUAUGCCCAUACGGCUGGAGGAGAUUAAGGAGGCGAUUCGACGCGAGAUACGCAAGGAGCUGAAGAUUAAGGAGGGCGCUGAGAAGCUGCGCGAGGUGGCCAAGGAUCGUCGCUCACUCAGCGACGUCGCUGUGCUCGUCAAGAAGAGCAAAAGCAAGUUGGCCGAACUGAAGUCGGAGCUGCAGGAGCUCGAGAGUCAGAUACUGCUGACGUCGGCCAAUACAGCGGUGAAUAGCAAUGGUCAAGACACCAUCAGCUUUGAUGGCAGCUCAGCGGGACAGCUGGGCGGCGCUGUGGGCGGCAUGGGCGUCAGCUCGAGUCUGGAGGGAGCGCCGAGCACAGCCAAUGACAAAGUGUUGGCCUCGCUGGAGAAACAGCUGCAGAUCGAGAUGAAGGUGAAGACGGGCGCGGAGAACAUGAUACAGUCGCUGGGCAUUGGCUGCGACAAGAAGCUGCUGGCCGAGGCGCAUCAGAUGCUGGCGGACUCGAAGGCCAAGAUUGAGUUUCUGCGGCUGCGCAUCAUCAAGGUCAAACAGAAUCGCGAGCAGGCGGAUCGACUGAAGGCGCAGCGACUGCUGAACGACGAACAGGGCAGCGGCAUGGGCAGCUUGGGAGGAGGAGCAGGAGGCAAUGGAGGCGGCGGCGGCGGCUUUGUGGGCGGCAUGCAGCCGCAGAGUUUGGAGACGACGCUGGAGGAGCGCAUCGAGGAGCUGCGUCAUCGACUGCGCAUCGAGGCUGCGGUCGUGGAUGGUGCCAAGAAUGUCAUACGCACGCUGCAAACGGCGAAUCGUGCGCCAGACAAGAAGGCGCUGCAAGAGGCCCAUGGCCGCUUGUCGGAGUCGUCGCGUAAAUUGGAUCUCUUGCGCCACUCGCUGGAGCUGCGCCGCCAGGAGCUGCCCGCCGACUCGCCCACCGCACAGCUGCUCAAGCAGGAGCUGCAGAUAGUGCAGCAGUCCACCUCGCCGGCUCCCGUGCACUACACCUCGCUGCAAGGCAGCGCUGGAGGAUUGCUGGGCGGCAAGUCGUAUCAGUCGGUGUCGUCGCUGGGACGCUGCGCCAGCGUCACGGGCAAGCUGGAGGUGCGGCUGAUGGGCUGCCAGGAUUUGCUGGAGGAUGUGCCUGGACGCUCGCGUCGCGACAAGGACAACAGCUCCAGUCCCGGGGAUUUGCGCAGCUUUGUCAAGGGCGUCACCUCGCGCAGCAGCUCCAAGAGCUACAGCGUCAAGGACGAGACGUCCUUUGAGAUUAUGGCCGCCAUCAAGCUGGACAACAUUACCGUGGGACAGACUUCGUGGAAACCCUGCUCACAGCAGGCCUGGGAUCAGCGCUUCUCCAUCGAUCUAGAUCGCUCGCGUGAGCUGGAGAUUGGCAUCUAUUGGCGCGACUGGCGCUCGCUGUGCGCCGUCAAGGUGCUGCGCCUGGAGGAAUUCAUAGACGAUGUGCGUCAUGGCAUGGCGCUGCAGCUGGAGCCGCAGGGCCUGCUCUUCGCCGAGGUCAAGUUCCUCAAUCCCAUGAUCUCGCAGAAGCCAAAGCUGCGACGUCAGCGCAUGAUCUUCAAUCGCCAGCAGGCCAAGAACAUACCGCGUGCCAAGCAGAUGAACAUCAACGUGGCCACCUGGGGCCGCCUGCUCAAGCGCAAUGCGCCCAAUCAUGUGCACAUGGGCGCCAGCUCAGCGCAGACUGUUGGCCCAGCUACCACAGCCUUGACAAGCGGCGCCGCUGCUGCCGUUUGCCGCGACUCCGAGUCGCCCAUUUCACGCACGCCCUCCUCCGAUGCGCUGGCCGUCGAGCCGGAGCCGUAUACGCCUGGCGAGCAGGCGCAGAAUAUGGAAUUCGAUCCGGAUGCAGGACUGCACGAUCAUGUGGAAACGCCGGGCGAGUAUCCGGAUCCAGGUGCCAGCGGACUAAGCGGCAUGCGUCCGCUCUCCAUGCAUAUGCAUGGCAUAACAGUCUUGCCACCAGAGACGCCGCCACCGGCUACAAUUGCUGGCAAUGCAGUGCGUCCCAACUCGCUGAACUUGCAGCUGGCGGGCAAAACGCCGCCUGGACGCACUGCAGCGCCCACAACGGCGCCACCGCCGCCGCCAAUGCUGAAGCCCGUGACGCCUGUGCUGGAUUCAGAGCUGCAGAAUGCCUUGCAAGAGUUUGACUUUCUUGCCGGCAUGGAGUCCUAUCCGUGCACCUUGCGUCGUCCACAAAAAUUGCAGCUCCACGAUGUGCCCGAAUCCAAUUACACCCAACACCCAACACAACAGCAGUCGCCGCCACACAGUCAAAGUCCAAGCUCAAGCAAACCCUUUCAGUUACAGAAGCCGCAGUGCGCACCACCCGCACCACCAACCAACCACAACAAUCAAUCCCUAGCAGUGGAGCAGCAACUGCAUCGUCCGGUGCUCACCUUGCCGCCUGUUGUGCUGCUUGGCGGCGCACAGCAGGAGGAGCUGGCGCCGCCUUCGCCGCUAGUCGAAUAUCCCGAGGAUGAUGAUGAGUAUUUAUAUGGCCAUCACCAGCACUCGCGUCACAGCUCCAAUGCCGGCGAUCGUUUCUGUGUGGAGGCAAAGAUUAAACUUGUAUAUAUAACCAUCGAACCCAUUGACAACUCCAGACCCAACAGCGGUCUCAUUGAGGAGACAGACAAAGCGGCAACUAUAGAAAUAGAAAGUUCGCAAGUAGCAAACGUUGAGCAAUUGGCCGAGCAGGUCAUACCACAGCUGGGCAAACUCUAUGUGGGCCAACAGCCGCAGCAGCCAUUGAACUAUGUGCAGUCUUCGCCCAUAAUACAGGAGCCGCCCACGCCCACCAUAUACAGCAGCAAUAAUGCUGUGGGCGGCGGCGGCGUUGCUCCACAGUUUCCACAGCCCACGCAGCGUUUGGAUAAACAGCAGCAACCCAUCUAUGCCAAUCAGUAUGAAUUAAAUGCAGCCAAAACUGCUGCCAGCUCCUCAUCCACCUCCAACAAUGCGCAGCGGCGCAGCGUUGCGCGCGGCUUGUAUCGCGAGCCAGCUGGCUAUGAGGCACUGCGUCCAGCCAAUGCUGGCAUGCUGUCCAUGGACAACUUCCGUUUGCUCAGCGUCUUGGGUCGCGGUCACUUCGGCAAGGUUAUACUCUCGCAGCUGCGCAGCAAUAAUCAAUACUAUGCCAUCAAGGCGCUCAAGAAGGGCGACAUCAUUGCACGCGAUGAGGUGGAGUCGCUGCUCAGCGAGAAGCGCAUCUUCGAGGUGGCCAAUGCCAUGCGGCAUCCCUUCCUGGUUAACCUGUACUCUUGCUUUCAAACAGAUCAACAUGUUUGCUUUGUUAUGGAGUACGCCGCUGGUGGAGAUUUGAUGAUGCAUAUACACACAGAUGUUUUCCUGGAGCCACGCGCUGUAUUCUACGCUGCUUGUGUUGUGCUGGGUCUGCAGUAUUUGCAUGAGAACAAGAUUAUAUAUCGCGAUUUGAAGCUGGAUAAUCUGCUGCUGGAUACGGAUGGUUAUGUUAAGAUUGCUGACUUUGGUCUGUGCAAGGAGGGCAUGGGCUUUGGCGAUCGCACUGGCACCUUCUGUGGCACGCCAGAGUUUUUGGCACCCGAGGUGCUCACAGAGACUUCAUACACCAGAGCUGUGGACUGGUGGGGCCUGGGCGUGCUCAUCUUUGAAAUGCUAGUGGGCGAGUCUCCCUUCCCUGGCGAUGAUGAGGAGGAAGUAUUCGAUUCAAUUGUCAACGAUGAGGUGCGCUAUCCGCGUUUCCUUAGCCUAGAGGCCAUUGCCAUAAUGCGCAGACUGCUGCGCAAGAAUCCAGAGCGUCGCUUGGGCUCAUCGGAGCGCGAUGCUGAGGAUGUUAAGAAACAAGCUUUCUUCCGCUCCAUCGUUUGGGAUGAUCUGCUGCUGCGCAAGGUCAAGCCACCCUUUGUGCCCACCAUUAACCAUGUGGAGGAUGUAUCCAACUUUGAUGAAGAGUUUACGUCGGAGAAGGCGCAGCUAACGCCGCCCAAGGAGCCGCGUCAUUUGAACGACGAGGAGCAGCUGCUGUUCGCGGAUUUCUCCUACACGGCCGAGUGGUGUUAAUUAGUCUCUUAGUAUACGCCCGUUUUAAGAAAAUGCUUUUACUACAACCACACAGGAAAUCUAUAGUUUAAACAUAUACCUAUAUAAAUAUACUAUAUUCUUAUAUGUAAUCUUUAGUGCAUGUUGCUCAGUAGCAUUGACCAAAAUUGCCUAGAAUUCUACAUUAGUGUGUUGAGAAAACAAAAACAAGAGAAACAAAAGUUGCAUUCAAUCCAAUUCAUUAAGCGCGUCAUAAACAAACAAUUGUAAUAUUUUUUAUACAUACAUAUACUUUUAGCAAACUGUUUAUUUUAAUUUAAUUUUUGAGAAUGCAUUGAAUAGUCUGACUGACGAACCUUUUGGAUAGCCUUAAACGCAAGUGUUGUAGAUGUUUUAAACAGGUUCUAUAUUUUUUAUAAAGAGUUGAGAGAGCGGAUCGAAGAUCGAGGGCAAUCAUUUCGAAGAAGCUACGUAAAUAUUUUCAUAAGAAUUAUAUACACAGCAUGUGGUGAGAUCAAAUGGAACAAGUCAUAACAAGAAAAGUAAAGAAAAGAAAUAUA